GAUACAAAUCGAUACAUGACCUAAUCUCUAGAAAGAAAGAAAAUUACAUAAAUAAAUUAAAUAGGGACAGAGUUGACGUAGAAAUAGAAGAAGGGAUAAAUUUUAUUAAAGAAAUUAGAGGAGGUAAAAACCAUAGAAAAUAUAGGAAGAUACAUACAAAAAAAAUUGACGAAGAUCACAUAGAAAAUACAAAAACGGGACAUAAGUACUACAAAACUCAUAUAAAACAAAAUAAGAAGUAUCAGGAUAAAGAUAAUCCUAAAAUAAAAGCUUAAUAAUGAACAAAUCGACAUAUACUUUUUCAGAUGACACCAUUGAUUUUGAUAAUUACAUUUCUAACAACCACCAGAUCACAAUCUAUUGACAUUCAAGACCUAACUAACAAUAACGGAUACAUACCGAUCAGAACAGGAGACCUUAAAGUAAUUGACCACUACAACAAAAUCCUACACAUUGUUAACAUAACCGCCUACACGGACACAUUAAACUUAAUUCUGCAAAAUAUACAAUCCCUUAAAGUUAACAGAAUAGAAACUAAAGCAGUAUCAGAUACAGUAAACAAAAAUUUUGCACUACUAAAAGGAAAAAUAGAGAACCUAAAUCCUCAUUUUAGACAAAAAAGAGGACUAAUUAACGUAUUAGGGAAAGGACUCAAGUUUAUAGCUGGCACAAUGGACAGUGAUGACGAAACCGAAAUAAGUAAUUCACUCAAAUCACUUUAUAAAGAUGAAGAAGUCUUGACAAACAAAAUUAACAACCUGACAUUUGUUAACAAUUUCAUAUCCUCCCAAAUACAGAACAUUACGGAUCACAUAAAUCAAAAACAAACUCUAAUAGGAAAUUAUUUGAACAAAUUUAAAAACUUUAUGGAAAACAGAAUAACUACAUUAGAAGAAGAAAUAACAUUUAUAGAACAAGUCUACCAAAUCAACAACGAUAUUUCACUCUUACGAAACCAUGUCGAUGAUAUUGGACAAAUAAUAUUUUCUAGUAAACUCGGAAUAAUUCCCACGGACAUCCUAACUAACACAGAACUCAAUUUUAUUAACGAUUUUGACAGUUACACUAAUAUCAAAGUAGCCGUCGCAAUAAACGAUAGCAAUAUAAUAAUAAUUCUCCAAAUCCCACAAUAUUCCAAGGAAGUUUUAUCAAAAAUUGUAUUCGA